UUAAAGUUAUAUUUUAUCAUUCGGGAAGAUCAUUUUAUUACUUAUUUUCGAAAGAAAAUCACGAAAGAAAAAAAGAAGAAUUACAAAUUGGUUAUAAUAACGAUGAUACGUUUACCUGUAAAUUAGAGGAUACAUUUAAAAUACCAUAUUAAAGAUAAAGAUACUCAUGAAAUGACCAAAGAAAAUGGCUUGACGAAUGGGCCGAACAUUAAAAAGGGCGAGGAGAUUUUAUCUCACGGACAUCUCAAUAAUUGUUAUUCCCCUAAGGCUCAUCAACUCGGUCGAGGUAAAGGAUCGAUGUUGCACAUAAUCACUGACGGUUUAACUUCCAAGCAAAGAAACAACAACUUCGAUAGCGUCGAAAAGUUGUUCGAACUAAGACAGAACGGGCUCCUCGCGUCGUUCAGAGGCGGCAAAAUCGUGAACGGGUUUUGUGAUGAGCAGGGGAAGGGGAGAGGGGGGUUAAAAUCGAGCCAAUCAUCCAACCAAUCAAAUCAAUCAACAAAUAGAUCAUCGUCAAAACAAUCAAAGGAAUUUAACGAACCAAAAUAUAGCGAAUAUAUAUCAACCUCUCAUGGGGAAUCGUCGAGUAGUAGCAUUAAUAGCCCUCCUAAGAGCGGGUGUAUCUCGAUACAAGAUAGAUUUGACGCAGCUGACGUGGAUAAUGUAACGGAUACCCACUAUACUAGUAAACCCUUCCUGAACGGUGAGGAAUCGAGUAUCCCGCGAAAUCUCCUAGAGCGACACAAUACGUUGUUCGAACAAUCGUCCAAAUUCAAUGACACCACCACUUUCCGGAAUAUCGGCAAAAUUAUCGAGACCGAAAAGACUAACGCCAACUAUUAUUUCAUGCCAUCUACUUCGCGAUCCUCAAGUUAUCAUGUAAAAAGCGAACAUUUGGAGGAGGAAAUGUGUCAUCAUAAUGGAACCAAUGGCAAUGCUUACCGAACGGUAGCGGAUAAAGUGGUAGUAGACAGUAUUCUGAAUAAUUCGGUAAUUUCAUCUUUUCCCCAGCCAAAAUUCAUUAGUGAUCUCAAAACGUUCGAAAAUUUUUUACCCCGUAUAUCGAGCGAUGCUCCUACAACAUCAACUAAAUAUAAGAGCUACUAUGCUAGCCCUGUUAUCUCCGCUUACGAUGAGAACACGAAACAAAUGAUGAGAAGCCUCAUUCAAUCUGCUUCGAGAAGUUUGGCCACCGCCACCAAUAAUCACUACAUAAAUCAUUUGAUUAAAUCGAAUCAUUCGCAGACAGGCAACGCCCUUAAACAGAAUGCGCCACCUAACCCGGUGACCUCCUAUUAUCAGCCUUCUGAUUCGUUCAAAUUAGACGACGGAGAUAUUAAUUAUGAUGGUCACCAUACCAAAGUUAAGAAAGAAUCUCCUUCCAUUCUUGCCAACGAUUCAUCCCUUUUCGAAAAAUCAGAAUUUCAAUCGCAAUCUCUACGCGAAAAUGGUGGUAACAUCGACAUGAUAAUAACUCAACAAUCAAAAGGUGAUAACGCGAUGAUGUCAAAUGUCGAUCCCUCUUCCGGUCUUAACAACCCUACCGGGGAGAGAACUCUGGUAAUUUGCGUAGUGUGCGGAGAUAAGAGUAGCGGGAAGCAUUAUGGGCAGUUUACUUGCGAAGGUUGCAAAUCCUUUUUCAAGCGGAGCGUUAGGCGUAAUUUAACUUAUACGUGUCGAUCUUCCAAAAAUUGUCCCAUAGACCAGCAUCACCGAAAUCAAUGCCAAUAUUGUCGGCUCAAGGCAUGCAUUAAAAUGGGUAUGCGGAAGGAAGCAGUCCAGAAAGGGAGAACUCCACUAACUUCCUCCACCUCUCAACAGAAUCUCAACGCCAAAUAUCAUUUAAGUAACAAACACCACUACAGCUCCUUUUUAAAUUCCAUGACACCUAAAGUACCUAAGCCAAAUCACCAAAACAAUCCAUUUUUCUUCGGGCCAUCUAAUGGCAGACGAAUUGAUGGAUUUAAUUCCGGUAUAAGGCCCUAUCAAACCGAUGUGGUGCCUAACGGCGGAAGAGAUAGAGCGCAAAAUUUGGCCAACAUCGAUAAUACUAACAAUAAUAAAACGUUUCCCCUUUCUCAACCCUCCGAUGCUGCGGGUUACCCAACUAACUACCAAAAUAAUUUCAAGCGCACCUUCGUACCGAAUUGCCGUUCAAAGUUUUACGUGUCUUCCAAAUGCAAUAGGAAUCUCCAGGCGAACGAUACUAAUCCCAAGGAGAAUAACAAAAGGGAAGCAAAGAGGGAAGAAGAUAACUUCGAUGACUUCUACACCGCGCUAGGUUUGGGUUACGGUUUAGGUUUUUGCCCUCCGUUGUUGAAAUCGCCCGCCUUCAAAUCGUUUGCAGGUAUAAAUGAAACCAAUAAAAUGAUUCCAAUUAAAUAUAAUCAAAGAUUGUGUAAGGCCAAUAACGAAUCUCGGGAAGUUGCGACUAAAACAACGAACACAGAUAACUUAAACAUUCCUAUUGAACACGUUCAAGAUAGCGAACAAAACUCUCGUUUGAAUAGCCAAAACGAAAAUCACGGUAACACCCUCGGCUAUGACUCAACAGAGAACAAAAAUCGUUAUUCCGCGGAUUAUAAUCCCAGGGACAAAUUCACUUCCAACAGGGUUCAAGAAAAUAUUACAAGUUCAGAAUUUUUGAUAACCCCCAAUUUUAUCAAACCAAAACUUGAAUAUGGAGGGGGGAAAUUGUCGGAAUCAUGUUUCGAUCAGCGGGGCGCCUCGUUACCGAAAUAUAGAAAUCAAUUGGCCGGCAACAACUCCUUUUCCAAUGCUGUAAUAGCCUCCUCGAGUGUCCCUUCCAUAUAUCCAAACAAAUGUACUCACCACCCUUACGGUUCGUUAAUUCCCGCUAGUGGGCCUUACCUCAAACAAUCACCUUACCAAUUUUACGGCAAUAAUCCCGAAGAGUUGUAUUACUCUUCCUUUUUGCGUAAUUUGACGGCCUCUUGGCGCUAUCUCAACUGGAAUUACAUGUUUCCGCCAUUCUAUCCAACCAUGAAUCAUCUUGAAUCACGAAUCCCCUUGACUAACCAAUACGAUACCCCAUUGCCUAAAGAAGAAGUCAAAAACGAUUGGAAUCCUCCCAUAAUGCCUCAAUAUUACUACGCAAAACAACCUAAGAACGGUUUCCCCAUUUUCGAUCAAACGCUAAUAAGCAGGAUAAAUCUUUCUAAUGCCGAUUUGAUUGAUCGCACAAGCAAUGUCACGAUUAGAGAGAUACCAAUCAAUAAUAAUAAAAAUAACUCGGACCAAACUUUUUCGAGUCCCUCGAGAAGUGCUUCCUCAGACUGGGAAAUGGUAAAACGGGAAGUCGACAUUGAUGACGAAAACGUUCCUAUUAACUACGACGCAUCUCCAGAUGAAAAUAGUUCCUCUCUUCCAUUUUCUGAAUCAGAUAAUAAAUCAACCACUCCGCAAUUGACGAUAAAAACGCCUCUUGAUAUCAAUCAAAUUCUGGUCAGUGGUACAUCGCAAUCCCAGAAACUCUCCAGGUACCGAGCUUUCUUGUUCGCCAAAUACGUAAAAUUGCUCGCAUCUAACUCCAAUCGUAACUUCCUGACAAGAGUAAUAGAGGCGGAAUAUACUAGUUCCGAAACUCACGAGGGUGUUAUAGACCUAAUGCUCUCCAGCGAUAUCAGUUGGUUAGGGGACGAAACAAAAGAAAUUCAUAGUCGGCUCUUUGCCGACAAAAAAGUUAUAAGACUCAUUCUUUUAGGUAUCUUGCUAUGGGUGAAAGAAAUGCUUGAACAUUACUGCCCAAAUUUGAAUCGUGGUGAAAAGGUAGGAUUAGCAAAGGAUAGUCUUAUACAGCUCUUCUUGAUUCAGGGAGCCUUUUACGCCAGCUUUUUAGUGUCUUUUCGACAAAAUCAAUCCCCAGUGCUAGAAAAAAUAAUAGAAGACGUCUGCAAAGUAGGCAAUGGGAGUAAUUGUUCACAUCUUGAUGAAGUCGGUAGUUCCCAAGGUAUGAAUGGCUGUAGAGACAAUGAAGAAGCGGAAAAGUUAGAGAGGGUCAUAGUUUUAGAGAACAAUGUUAUUCCCACUAUACACGAGGAAGUCACAAUUCUGCCUGAAUUUUUGAGCUUCGCUAAUAAAUUCAUAAAACAAUUGAACAAGAUGAUCGCCUUAAACCUAGAUCCAUUGGAGUGUUCCUGUAUAAAGUCUAUUUUGCUUUUUUCAAUAGAUAACAGUUCCCAAACCUCCAGCAAUUCAGAGACCUUGGAAAAACUUCAAGAGAAUGCCUUCAAGACCUUUGAGGAAUACACACGUUGUAAAUCGAUCGUAUCUUCUACCGAUGCCAAGGAUGUUGAUGAUGGUAGUAGCUCUUCGCGCCGCAAAAAUGGUCACAAAGAGCGUUUGAACACAGAGAAAUGUAAUAAUAAUAAUAACGUCUUUUACAGGUUCGGAAAGCUUCUAUUGACUAUCCCUCAUCUAAGAUCCCUGAAACUCAACAUGGAAGAACGAUCGGACGAAGAAAAAAGUCAGGUGAUUAUAGGCGAUUUUUUUGAAGCCACCGACAUCCCCUGUGUAAAAAAUGAUAUCGACGUGAACGUGUUAGUGGAUCAGAUAUUUCGUAUCUUUGAGAUCCAGCAAAAGCAGCAGAGCCAACAAAGACAGCAACAAUCUCGGUGUUCGGUUUUAAGUGAGAAAGAAAUGAGUGAAAAAAAUUUAAAUCUCAACGGGGACAAUCGAAAUGAUAUGAAUAACAAUAUUGCUGAUAAUGAUGAAAAUAUAAAUGGCACAAAUGCUAUUAAUCGGCUUCAUCGUGGCCUAAAUGGGGAUAUAUCCCAUGGAAAUACGAUGGUUGAAAAGCGUCACGAUAAUUUUCUCCUGACCAACAAAACUAAAGUACUUCAAGAAAAUGGAAACAACUCGAAUUAUUCUUCCAAAAACCAUCAUACAAACAAAACUAAAUUAUCUAACAAAGAUGUCGGCAAAUACAGAUUUGAAGACGAUGGUCAGGAUCCCUCCAAUUAUGAUAAAAUUUCUUAUAAAGUAAACAACACUAACGGGAAUGAUCACGAUUUUGAUAACGAGCAUAUCACAUCCUUCAAAGUCCGUGAUACAAAUUCAAUCACCGACCAAUCGGUUUGUCCAUCAUUACCACUGGAUGGUGGAAUAACUUCCCAGCGUGGGAACCUAAAUGGGCAAAAGUCAGAUUUCGUAGAAACAUUCGGUAAACAGGAUAGAACCUACUUAGAUCCUGGUAGCUGCCUCAAUGGUAAAGAUGUUAAAGAAGCGCCGAAAGAUCACGCCUCCGCUCCUUCCAAAAUUCCUAAUCAUAAUAAUCACUCUACAUGCAAUCACGAUUCCUUCGCGGGUAACAAGAAAGGUAGCAAAAGGCGAGUCAGUCCCUUGCCCAUCGAUAUGGAAAAAAAAUGUCAUGUGACCAAAGAAGUUUUAAAUUUUACUUAAAAUAAAUAAAUAUGUCCUAACAAUGUCCUACUCAACUCCCCAAUCUCACCUUUUGAAAUUUAAAAUAAUUUAUUAGAAGAAAAUCGUAUUUAUUUAUUUUUUUAUAAAUUAUUAUGUAUUUUUUUUUAAAAAAAAAUAUGAUAUAAUAACAAUCUUUAAAAAAAAAAUUAAUUCCUGUUUCUCUCCGCGAAAAUAAUAAUCAAAAAAUAUUGCGAUUUUUUUUUACCGAUAUUAGCUUUAAAUAUUAUAUUACUAAAUUUUUAUUAAUAUUCAAAAAAAAUAUAUUAUAAUGUAUAACAAUCUAAAAAAUAUAUUAAUUAAACCAAAUAUUUUCUUUUAUAAAAAAAUGAAAGGAAAAUAAAUGGUUACAAAUUAAAAAAAAAAAAUUAAGGCUUUAAAAAAUAGUAUUAUAACUUUAAAAAUAUCUGUCUAUCCAAAUGUCCAUCAUUGUCAUUUCUAUCAUAUAAUUUACUCCACUUUUACUGAGUUAUGUAAAAGAGUGACCAAACGAAUAUCGAUUCCCAGAUUAAUCCACCAAAUCCUUGCAUAAUAUUUUACCAGAUUAUUUUGUAUUAUUUAUUUGCGUAUAACCAUGAAAUCUUAGAUAUAUAUAGUAUAUACCCGGUUAUAUAAUAUAAAUGGCUUUUUCUAGAUUAUAUAUAAAUAUAUAUAUAUUA